CGCGAGCGGGGCGGGCGGCGGGACGCCUGUGAGCGGGUCGCGGGAGGGGUCCUCGCGGGGCUGCGGUCCGCGGCGGGCGGGGGGCAGCGCGGUGCCGCACAGGGACGGGCCCCCCCGCCGGGGCGGGAGGCGGGCGGGGGCCGGGGGCGGCCGCAGCCCCGCGAGGAGGCGUCAAGAGCCGGAGCCCCGCUCGCUCCCGGUCCCGGCUCCGUAUAAAUGGGCGGCGGCGGCGGCGGCGGCGGCAGCGCUUCGCCCGGACGGAGCCGGAGCUGCUCAGCGGCGGCACCGGUGGCCCCGGCGCGGCAGGAUGGGCGGCGGCGGCCCGCGGCGGCCCGGCGCUCUGCCGCUGCUGGCGCUGGCGCUGCUGGCGGCACAGGGCGGCUCGGCUCCCCUGCAGCCCGGCGGCUCCCCCGCGCUCUCCAAGAUCUACCCCCGCGGCAGCCACUGGGCUGUGGGGCAUUUAAUGGGGAAAAAGAGCACUGGAGAUUUUCCUUAUGCUUAUGAAGAAGAAAACAAGACCCCAUUUUCAGCAUUACCUGAAAAUAUCAAGCAGCUGGAAGACUACCUGCAGUGGGAAGAAAUCUCCAAGUAUUUGCUACGGCUGCUGGAAAGGAGUGAAAAUAAAAGUGCUCAUGUUUUAAAAGGAGGGCUUCCCUGGUAUGCCAGGAAUACCUGGGACACAGAUGACAACAGCAGCUGGAAAAAUAUGAUGGACUAUCUGCUUCAAGUUGUGAAUAUGAAAGAGAGCACUCCAAGCUGAAAGAAGGUCUCUAAAUCAUGAAGAAAUGGAAUACUUUCCAUAAGAGACUAUGUUUCGCAAGCACUUGAUUGUAUCAGAUAAUCAACAAGGUCUCUUUUCUGUAAACAAGAUUUCCUUGGUGUAAAAUACCUAAAUACACAUAUUCUUGUAUGUUCAGCAGUGACUAAACUCUUUACUUCAAGGCUG